GAAUGACUGCAUAUUCCCCUCUGUAAUAGUUAAACCCUACUUAUUCCCCCCCAAACUACUAAUCUCAUUAGGAAACUCUCCAUACAUAUAAAUUGCUUCAUAUUAACCCCCAGUUAUUUUAACUCUGCUCAAUUAAACCUCUGCAAUACAAAAUCGAAAUUCAUGAUUAAGGGGUGUAAAACGCGAUUAGACAGAAUCGAUUAUCCAAUCCGAGCUCCGCCCGACCCGACUUGCGUGACCCGACCCGACCCGAGCUGCAUGACCCGACUUUUUAACCUAAAAUCAAACGGGAGGUUUUUUUUCCUACGAUCUCUACGACACAGAGAGAGAGAGAGAGAAAAGAGACGAUAGAAUCUGAGAGGGAGAGAAGAAACAAAGUCAAUGGAGACGAGAGAGUCUGGUUCGGAGGAGAUAGAGAAACCACGAGACAGAGACAGCUUCAUGGACGGUUCAGACGAGAUAGAGAAACCACGAGACAGAGACAGCUUCAUGGACGGUUCGGAGGAGCUUGAACCUGGAGUUACUUUGAACGGUUGUAAUGACAGAGAUGAGGUGAUCGAGGAUGAAACUGCUGAGACACAAAUUGAAGCAGUUUAUGAAAGUGAGUUUGAGAAUGAGAACACCAAGUCUGGUAAAGGAGGUAAGAUGGAUGAAGUUGAAGAUACUUUGGGCAGACACUUGUUUGAGAUUGAAGAAUCAGUAGCUGAAUUUGAGGAUGAAAUACCGACUGAAAGGACUGCGAUUCCAGAUAGUUCAGAUGAUGAUUCUGAGGAUGAAAUUGAUUUGCGUGAUAAGCGAAUGAGAAAUAGAAAACAUGAUAAGUUAGCUGUGGGAAGUAGUUACUACACCGUAUAUGAGUUCAAAGAGGUUGUCUUAGAGUAUGCUUUGACUAAGGGAAAGAACAUAAAGCAAGAUAGGUGGGAUAAGACAAAAGUUUCAUUUGUGUGUGGCAUCGGUGGGAAGUGUAAGUGGAGGCUUUAUUGCUCGUACGAUAAGGAUAGUCAGAAAUGGUUACUGAAGACGAAGUACAAAUACCAUAGCUGCACACCAAAUGGAAAAUGCAAGCUUUUGAAGAGUCCAGUGAUUGCAAGACUUUUUUUGGAUAAGCUAAGGCAAAAUGCAAACUUAAUGCCUGAAGAAAUCCAAAACAUCAUCAAAGAGAAGUGGAAAAUAGUUAGCACAAGGAACCAGUGCCAAAGAGGGAGACUUCUAGCUUUAAGAUGGCUUGAAAAGGAGUACGAUGAGCAAUUUUCUCACCUGCGAGGAUAUGCAGAAGAGAUCCUCUUCACAAACAACGGAUCCACAGCCAUAGUAGACACCUACAAAAACAAGGACGGUAAAGAUGUCUUCAAUCGGUUUUAUGUAUGUUUUGCGAAUCUUCGAGACACUUGGAGAGGAUAUUGUAGGCCAGUUAUUGGAGUUGAUGGUACAUUUUUGAAGGUUGCUGUGAAAGGUGUGUUGCUCACUGCUGUGGGGCAUGAUGCAAACAAUCAAAUAUAUCCCAUUGCUUGGUCUGUGGUCCAAUCUGAAACAACAGAAAACUGGUUAUGGUUUGUCCAACAAAUCAAGAGAGACUUAGUUCUGAAAGAUGGCAGUGGAUUUGUAAUACUUUCAGAUCGAUCUAAGGGGCUGAAGAGUGCUGUUGCGACAGAGUUACCAAAUGCUGAGCAUAGGAAAUGUGUAAAACACAUUGUUGAAAACUUGAAGAAAAAUCAUGCCAAGAAGGAUUUGUUGAAACCAAUGGUGUGGGACAUUGCUCGGAGUUACUCUACAACAGAGUUUGACUACAAUGUAAAGAAGUUAAAGGCAUACGACUUAAGUUUAUACAAUGAUGUGAUGAAGGAGGAACCAAGAGCUUGGUCUAGACCUUUUUAUAGACUUGGGAGCUGCUGUGAAGAUGUGGAUAACAAUGCUACCGAGUCUUUCAACUCAACUAUCACGAAAGCAAGAGCAAAGGCAAUGGUACCGAUGCUUGAGAUGAUAAGAAGACAAGCCAUGAAGCGCAUCGCCAAACGAAACAUAGCCUCACAUAAACAUGACGGAAUGCGUACAAAAUAUGUAGCUAAGAUGCUUACAGAAGAGAAGAAGAUUGCGGAUUUAUGUACAACUACACCUGGUACCCGUGGAGUUUUUGAGGUAACCUAUGAGGAAAAUUCUUAUAGUGUUAACACUAUUAGACAUACAUGUUCUUGUGGUAAGUGGCAAAUCAGUGGGGUUCCUUGUGAACAUGCUUAUGGAGCAAUGAUUGAUGCUGGUUUGAAUGCUGAUCAGUAUGUGUCAGAUUUCUUUUCUACACUGAUGUGGCAGUACACUUACAACCUCAACCUUGAGCCAGUUAGAGGACCAAGAGUGUGGAUGAAAUCAGGUUUGCCACUAAUAAUUGCUCCUCCAGAGCCUGAUAUGCCUGGAAGAAAGAAGAAGAAGAAACAAAAGAAGUUUCCUAGAAUAAAAGGCAAACAUGAAUCACCUAAGAAGAAGAAGAAAAAGAAAAAGGAGGUUGAAAAGCUUGGUAGAGGUGGUCGCACAAUCCAUUGUUCGAAGUGUGGUGAGGCUGGUCAUAAUGCAAACGGUUGUAAGAUUCAUCCAAAGAAAAAGAAAAAGAUGAGCGGUGAAGAGGGAACUUCUCAUGGGCAAGAUGAAGUAAGACUUACACAGCCUACGCAGAGUCAGAGCUAGCCGGGUUAUGUUUUCAGUCGUGUUGGUGACUUUUGUGUCUCAAUUAUCUUGUGCUUUUGUUUUCAGUCAGACUUUGUGAUGCUGGUUAUGUAAAACUUUUUUUAAUGAUUUUGUGUCUAAACUCAUGUUAUGUAAGACUUGUUUUUUAAGACUUAAGUUUGUGUCUAAACUCAUGUUUUAAGAUGAAAUGUUCUUUAGGUUCAA